AUGUGUGUCCUGGUGGCAUCAUCUUUCACGUGUGUCCUGGUGACAUCGUCCUUCACAUGUGUCCUGGUGGCAUUGUCCCCCAUGCGUGUCCUGGUGGCGUCAUCCCCCACGCGUGUCCUGUUGGCGCGGGCGUUGGGUGCCUGUAGCACCCCAGGGUGCCGGGCGGUGCUGGGAGAGCCACCCGAUGUCCCACCAACCCCACCAACGCUCAACCAGGAGCAAUGGCUGCUCUUCACCCAACUCUUCCAUCACCACCACGCCGCACCUGAGCGCGGCGCCGUGCUGGCACCCGACGGUUCCACCGUCACCCUGGGUCCCCUCUUUGCCGGCAUGGAGGUUGGCCUCAAGCGGGCGACGGGGGAUGGGUGGCCCGGCCCCACCCCCGAGCCACCCGUCGAUGCGCUCUACGCCGUCACCAUCGCCGAGGUGCUGGGGACCUCCUUCCUGUUGGCUCGCCACGGUGACAGCAACCGAGCCACGUUGGGACCCGGCGGCUGUUGGGAUGACGUGGAUGACCCCCAAAAUUACACCCUCCUGGGAGCUCCCUCGCCCAUCCCUGACGCCCUUGCCAAUGGGGCGAUGGAUGGGGUGCUCUUGGGUGCCCGCUUGGCUCGAGAACCCAUCCCGCUCGCCGACCUUCUCCGAGGCUACUACGGGACGGGCAACGGCACGGAGAAGGGGCGACCACCCAGCAGUUUCCGGCGACGAGAUUUCGGGGCGCUGGUGGGGCCGGGGAAGUUGGAAGAGGAGGUGACAGCGAUGUUGAGGGUGCUGCGGGUGCUGCCACCCACCCGGGAGCUCUUGGAGGACGUGGGGCCAGAGGAGGUGGUGGCCAUCGCUCAGCAAGCGGCGCGGGACUUCACGGAGGUCUAUGUGGAGUGCCCGGCCAUCGUGCCCCGGUGCAUGUGGGGUGCCCGUCCCUACCGUGGCACCCCCAGACCGUUGACCCUCCCCUUGGACUCGGUCUACAUCCACCACACCUCCACGCCCAGUGCCCCCUGCCGCACCUUCGCCGCCUGCGCCCACGCCAUGCGUGCCAUGCAACGCUUCCACCAGGACACCCGCGGGUGGGAUGACAUCGGCUACAGCUUUGUGGUGGGGUCGGAUGGAUACCUUUACCAAGGCCGAGGUUGGCAUUGGGUUGGCGCCCACACCAAAGGCUACAACAGCAAAGGCUACGGCGUGGGCUACGUUGGAGACUUCUCGGCCACCUUGCCGGACCCCGAUGCCAUCGCUCUGGUACGGGACGUGUUCCUACCCUGCGCCGUGAAGACCGGCCGGCUACAGCAGAACUACACCCUACGUGGCCACCGCCAGAUGGGUCACACCGACUGCCCCGGCAACUCCCUCUUCCGUGAGAUUGAGACCUGGCACGGCUUCAAGAUGGACACCAGUCCAACGGAUGCCAACCCAGAAGGACCCAACCUUGAAGACCACCAGCCUGGCCAGAUCCUGGCCCAGCUGGGCACCAGCCUGGACACCAGUCUGAUGGACACCAGCCUGGCUGGACACGAGCCUGGGUAG